GCAUGCUCCAGGCACUAGCGAGCCAGGCCCGCCGUGUGCCGGCCUGGUGUUUGCCAUUGGCUUUUCGAUGGAGUUCGAAUGCGGUUCGAAAGACUUGGCAGGUGAGUUCACUGGGACGAUGCCGCGACACCAAGGGGAGGAUAACCUAUGGCUAUCUGCAUGCGACUGGAUAUUCCUUUGUUAAAAUUGAUGGGAAGUUGUGGCGAGUGCACGUCUUGGUGAAACGAACCUUUCAUGGACCGCCUCCUGAUAUGGAUUCAGAUGAGGUGCACCAUGUGGAUGGCAACAAAGUGAACAACAGGUUGGACAAUUUAGAAUACGUGACGCACAUCCAAAACAUGCGUUGUUUUCAUGCCGCCUCAGGGCCGAAAACGAAGAAGCCCUCGCAUGCAAAACCUGUGAUGUGGAAAACCAGCGGCUCUUCGGACUGGGCAAUGAGCCCCUCCCUUGGAGAAGCUGCGCAGGAGCUCGGGAUAAAGAGGACACUUUUGUCCAAGUAUUGCCGGUGCAACUUGACAGUGGACGGACAUGAGUAUGCUUUUGCAACUCUUGAACGGCUAACUCUUUCUGGGGAAGUUUGGCGUCCCUUGAUCCACCCUUCGUCGGGGCAAGCUAUCACAGGAAUGCUCGUGAGUUCCUUGGGAAGGGUGAAGCUUCAGCAUGGCCGGAUCUCACGAGGACACCAGACAACGGCAGGAUAUUGGCAGACUGCUUGCCUUUAUGGCGGAUGGAAGCGAAAUGUGUUUGUUCAUCGUCUUGUCGCCCGUGCUUUUCUGGGCCCACCCCCCACAUCCGAACACAACCAGAUAAACCACAAGGAUGGGAUUAAAAGCAACAACGCCAUCAGCAACUUGGAGUAUGUGACUCCAGCAGAAAACAGGGCGCACUUCCUUGCGAUGGCUGAAGCGAGUGGCAGAAAAAAGGCUAGCACUACACCAGUGUGGAGCAGGCCUCUUGGAAGCAAACAGGGGUGGCAAUGGCAUGCGUCCAUGAGAAUUGCUGCUUCAACCCUGGGCUUGAACAAAGACAGCAUUUCACGUUGCGCCGGUGGCCUGCAAAAGCACACAGGCAAUCACGAGUUCCGGCUUGACGCAGUGGAGCAGCCUGCGCUUUUGCCAGGUGAAGAAUGGCGUGAGGUUGAUAUAGAAGCGCUGUUGCAAGAGAGGGAGGCUCGAAAGAACCGAAAGAAUCAACAUGGUUCCAUUGACAUGAAAAGUUGCCCGAUCAAGUUUCGUGAGCGUUCAGUCGACUAUUUUUCCAAUUCGUGCCAAUUCAGCAUGGGUCAAGACCCUGAAUAGCUGUUGAUACAUCAUGCAA